ACAUUUCAAAUCUAAAAUGAGUGGCAAAACAGCCUUAAACAACAGGAGAUGCAGGUGAAAUUUGAUUUUCGUGACAUUUUAGGUUUGAGAAGUUAAAGCUGCAGAGAGACCAGGGAGGAGAGCCAUCACUUCAUGAUGAAGCUGCUUUGCGGUUUUACCCUGUUAUUAACAGUUGCUCUUGCCUAUUACGUCUACAUCCCAUUGCCCAGGACAAUCUCAGAGCCAUGGAAACUGAUGGUGCUGGAUGCCACUUUCAGGGGAGUUGUGAAGAUGGGAGAUUUCGCUCACUCACUGGGUUUAAGCCAUGGCGUCCGUGUUAUAAACUCUGCUAUAGUUGGCUUUGAGAGUUUGGUGCCAAUCACAAACCAGGAGAUCCAGACUGAAGAUGUGCUGUUUGACGGAGUCCACGUGCGUGUGUAUCAUCCUCCAGGAGAUAAAGGAAAGCUGAGGAGAGCAGUCAUGUUCAUUCAUGGAGGUGGAUGGUCCUUGGGUGCUCCAAAGUUGGGGUCAUAUGACAGUCUCUGCAGGCAGAUGGCAGCUGAUCUGAAUGCAGUAGUAGUGACGGUGGAUUAUCGGAUGGCUCCUGAUGUGCACUUCCCGGUGCAGUAUGAGGAGUGUGUGCAGGCGGCUAAACACCUCCUGAAGCCAGAGGUGCUGGAGCAGUAUUCAGUGGAUCCCGAGCGAGUGGCGGUGUGCGGAGACAGUGCUGGAGGAAACCUGGCCGCUGCAGUGGCUCAGAGGAUUGGAACAGAAAACAGUACCUCAGCGAAAUUCAAACUGCAGGUGUUGAUUUACCCAGUCCUUCAGGCGCUUGACUUCAACACAGCUUCCUAUCAGCAGAACCAUAAUGUCCCAAUCCUAUAUCGCAGACUAAUGGCUCGUUUCUGGUUAGAGUACUUGGGCGCUGACCCUGAACUUGCACACUCCAUUAUGAUGAACAACCACACAGCCCAAGACCAAAAUCUGUUGUCCCAGAACCAUGCAAAGCUGGACUGGACCAAUCUUCUCCCAAAAGAAAUAAGAAAACAAUUUAAACCUGUUUUUCCAGUGACUGGAUCUCCCAAUAUCUUAAAGGAUGUUCCAGGUUUACUGGAUUCCAGAGCCUCUCCGUUACUUGCGGAGGAUGAGGUUUUGCGUAUGGUGCCACGUGCUUAUAUUAUGACUGGUGAGCAUGAUGUUUUGAGGGAUGAUGGGAUGAUGUACGCCCGCAGGUUGGAGCUGGCAGGCGUCUCGGUCACUAAUGACCAUUAUCAAGAUGGAUUUCAUGGCUGUGUGAGCUUUGCUUUCUGGCCCUGCUACUUCUCUGUGGGAGUGAAUGCAGUGCAGAAUUAUAUCGCUUGGCUUGAGAAACAUUUGUAGACCUAUAGGAAGAGAUGUAUACUUUAAAAUGUGCGUACUAGGGAUUUACACAUUGUGAUGAAUUCUUUUGCAACAUGACAUUCAAUAUUUGAUGUUUUACUGUAUUAAAAGAAACUGUAUUAUGGUUUCCAAAUUCUGACUAACACAUUUCUGUUUUUUUAACUAAUGUACUAAAAACCAAAUGAGAGGAAUUCUGUAAAAAGUGUGGGAAAAUUCAAAUGAUGGCUAAUUGCUUUGUGCUUGUCAUCACUAUCACUACCCACGUUAACAAAUCAAGUCAUUUA